AUGGCUGACAAGAUAGGAAUCGACCUCGAGCAGUCCCGCAUCAAGGAUGCUCCUGCCUCGAUGUUCUACAUCCCAAAUUUCAUCACUCAAGACGAAGAAGAAUACAUCCUGAGCAAAAUUCCAGCAAACCAAUGGAUCACGCUCUCUCAUCGCCGCCUCCAAGCUAUUCCAGCUCGUCUAACUCCAUCCAAUGCCCUGGUUGCCUCAUCUGGUCUGCCAGAAUGGCUGCUCAAACCAGCGGUGCAGCGUAUAGACGAACUGGGCAUCUUCCAGGACUCGCCGUACAAGACCGCGAACCACUGCCUUAUCAACGGAUACCUACCAGGCCAAGGCAUAAUGCCCCACGAAGACGGCUCCGCCUACCACCCCGUCGUCGCAACCAUCAGCCUCUCCAGCUCCCUCGUCCUCGACGUCACCGAGAAGAAAUCCAACGACUCCUCCUCGGAUCAAGACGACCGCCAAUCCUGGCGCAUCUUCCAAGAACCGCGCUCCCUGCUCGUCACUGCCGGCUCAGCGUACACGGAGACGCUGCACGGGAUCGCUGAAGUAAAGGAGGAUAUUGAUCUCAAGGGGGAGACGGUGGCGAAUUGGGAUUUGCUGGGGGAUAGAGAGAGGGUUAUGGAGAGUGGAGGGAAUAAUUUGAGGGAGACGAGGAUUAGUCUGACCUUUAGGGAUGUGCUGAAGGUGUCGAAUGUCGGGUCGAAGAUCUUUGGGAAGGUUAGGGGGUGA